AUGGAUCCGUGAUGGAGGCCAGAGAAGCCGCGGCGGAGGCUGAUGGAGCCGUGGCGGAGCCAGAUGUGCUGACAGACUUCCAGCGGUGGUUCUUCACGAUGAGCCGUCUGAAGUCUUUCAACUGGAAGUUUGUAGAAAAUGAUCUUCAGAGGAACAAAUCAUCAGAAAUAAUCUCAGAGAUCCUGAAACAGACGUGCCUCCACCCGCUGUGCCGCUCCUUCCCACCCUCGGUCCGCUACAGGAGGCUGUUUCUGUCGGAGCUCAUCAGGCUGCAGGAGGCCGCCGGCUGCGACCCUCUGGACGAGCUGUACGACGCCCUGGGCGAGGUGGUCGGCGAGGCGGAGGGCAGCGAGUGCUACAAGAGCUACUUCCUGCCCUGCGGCGGCGCCGUCAGCCUCCUGGAGAAGGUGGCGUUGAUCUCGGAGGGGACGACCGGCCUGGUGACCUGGGAGGCGGCGCUGUACCUGGCUGAGUGGGCUCUGGAUCACCGGGAAUUCUUCUCCGACAGGACGGUGCUGGAGCUGGGCAGCGGCGUGGGCCUCACCGGCGUCGCCAUCUGCCGCUCCUGCCGGCCCAGGAGGUUUGUGUUCAGCGACUGCCACGCCGCCGUGCUGCAGGCGCUGCGGGACAACGUCCGGCUCAACGGCCUGGACGGGCGGGCGGCGCCGGCCGUCAGCGUGCGGCGGCUGGACUGGACCACGGCCACCGAGGACGAGCUGAGGGAGGUCGGCGCCGACGUGGUGAUCGCUGCAGACGUGGUGUACGACCCGGACGUGGCGCACAGCCUGGUGGAGCUGCUGCGGCUCGUCCUGACGCGCUCGUCCCCGCCGCCCGCCGUCCUGGUCUGCUGCGCCGUCAGAAACCCGCAGACGUACGGCGGCUUCAGACGGCAGCUGGAGAGCCGUGGAAUCCAACCGGAGGUCCUGGACGGGGCCGUGAGCCACGUGUUUCCCUACGACAGACUGUCCCACAUGGAGCUGAUCAGACUGACGGCAGCAGACGGGCUUCAGGUCUGAGUCUCACCAAACAUUUCCAGAGAAAAGUCAACAAGAAACACGUUCAGGAUUUUCUUCUGUUAACUUUUUAGACUUUAAUCAGAUUUUCACCUGAAUUAGAUUCAACACGACGGUCCAGAAGGUUUUCUCCGGAUGUUUGUGAGACUGUUUUUCUUUUUUUUACUUGUGUUCAAAUAAAGAAUUCAUUAA